GCGUAAUACGCGCCGCACCGGUCGUGGAAUCACGUGUUAGAGCGCGAGGCGCCUCCCGCCGGGGCGCUUCCUGUCGCGGCUGCCUGGGCGGUCCCCGGCGGGAGAAGGCCCGGGUCGGUUUCGGAUCCGCCGCGAGGCUGCUCCAGUCUGAGCCUCUUCGACUCCCCAUUAGACAAGUGUCCAGGCUGCCAAGAUGCCAGGGCCAAGACCUCGGAAGGGCCCUCAGGCCAGUGACCAGGGUGUGGCAGCUGCCAAGCAGUCCCCACAGACAGCGAAGGAGCCGCUGAGCUCCUGGAGGCUGGCUCUGGGGCUGGGCUCCACCCUCUGCCUCGUGUGUGUCUCCUCUCAGCUUGGGCUGUUUAUGGAGUUCAGCCCUGAGGACAUGCUGCUGGGGAUGGAGGAGACUGAAGAUGAUGGGGACCUGGAGGCUGAGCUGCUGGCCCUCACUGGGGAAGUGGGGACCACAGGCAAGAAGCCAGCACCCAAGGGGCAGGCCCCCCUGCCUAUGGCCCACAUCGAGAAGUUGGCGGCGGACUGUAUGCGGGAUGUGGAGGAGGAGGAGGAGGAAGGGCUGGAGGAGGAUGCAGACUUGCUGAAUGAGCUGCAGGAGGUCCUGGGUGCAGAUGAGGAGGCUGGGCCCUUGGAUGGCGAUGAGACAGCCAGCCCAGGUGGCUCUGAGGAGAAGGAACAGGAAAACAUUGAACCUCCAGUGCAGACAGCUCUCCUAACAGCUCCAGUUCCAGCGGCUCAGGCUGGAGGGCCUCAGGGGCUGCAGGCUGUGCUGGAGGAUCGGAUCCACAACUACCGGGAGGCGGUGGCCAGUGCCAAGGAGACAGGUGAAGCAGCCAAAGCCAGGCGCUGUGAGCGCGGCCUGAAGACUCUGGAGUCCCAGCUGGCUGCUGUGAGGAAAGGCAGGAAGAUCAGUGAGGAUGAGAUCCCACCUCCAGUGGCCUUGGGCAAGAGGCCCCUGGCCCCUCAGGAAACAACCAACAGGAGCCCUGAAGCAGAACCCCCAGCUCCCCACUCCGUGGAGCCAGACAACCCCUCCCAGCCUGAGACAAGCCUCUUGGGCAGCCCCAGUAUUUCUGGCCCCCCUGAUUCAGACGCAGACCCACGGGCCUUGCUGUUGGCCCGACAGAGAGAGUACAAAGUGGCUGCCCUGAAUGCCAAGCGGGCUGGAGACCUAGAUCGUGCCCGAGAGCUCAUGAGGAUUGGGAAGAGAUUUGGGGCCGUCCUGGAGGCCCUGGAGAAGGGGCAGCCUGUGGACCUGAGUGCCAUGCCCCCAGCACCUGAGGACUUGAAGCCCCUCCCACAGGCUUCCAAGGCCUCCACAGCACCCUCAGAUGUACACCCAGCAGUGGAGCGAGUGCAGCCAGUGAUGGCCUCUGACAUCCCGGCCACCCCAGUGGCCCCUACUGAGCCACAGACAGUGCUAGACGCCCUGCAGCAGAGGCUGAACAAGUACCGUGAGGCAGGCGCCCAGGCUCGGGGCAGCGGGGAUGAGCGCAAGGCCCGGAUGCACGAGCGCAUUGCCAAGCAAUAUCAAGAUGCCAUUCGAGCCCACCGAGCAGGACGGAAAGUUGACUUUGCUGAGUUGCCUGUUCCUCCAGGAUUCCCCCCUAUACCUGGCUGGGGGCCCACUAUGGGUACUGAGGAGGAUGUGGUGGCAGCUACUUUAGCAGCUGCCCAGAAACUGGCCUCCUCAGAGGAUACAGCCCCCGCAGAGGAAGAUGAGGACGAGGACAAGGAUGAGCCCCCAGCCCAGGCCCCAGUGGCUAAGAAGCCAGCACAGCCUCUGGUCCCUUCAUCCCGGCCCCGGCCUGAGCCCAAAGCCUCGAGUUCUAAGGAGUCACUGAGUCCAGCUGUGCGAGAGCAGGUGGCCCUGCUGCAGGCACGGAGACUGCAGUACCAGCGGGCAGCCCUGCAGGCCAAGCGUGGCCAAGACCUGGAGCAGGCCAAAGCCCAUCUGCGGGUGGCCAAAUCCCUUGAGGCUCAGAUCAUCCAGGUGCGAGCUGGCCGACCUGUGGACCUCGCCAAGGUGCCUUCACCCUUAACGGAUGAGGAGGGUGACUUCAUCCUGAUCCACCAUGAGGACCUGCGACUCUCUCAGAAGGCUGAGGAGGUGUAUGCCCAGCUACAAAAAAUGCUUCUGGAGCAACAUGAGAAGUGUGUGCUGUUCUCCAAGCAGUUUAUGCACCAGGGCAAUGUGGCCGAGACUACCCGGUUUGAGAAGCUUGCUCAAGACCGCAAGAAGCAGCUUGAGAUCCUGCACCUGGCCCAGGCCCAGGGCCUUGACCCUCCCAGCCACCACUUUGAGUUGAAGACAUUCCAAACUGUGAGGAUCUUCGCAGAACUCAACAGCACAGAAAUGCAUCUGAUUGUUGUCCGGGGAAUGAACCUCCCAGCCCCUCCAGGGGUGACCCCUGAUGACUUGGAUGCUUUUGUGCGGUUUGAGUUCCACUAUCCUAAUUCGGACCAGGCUCAAAAAAACAAAACAGCUGUGGUGAAAAACACAAACUCUCCAGAAUUUGAUCAGCUCUUCAAACUAAACAUCAACCGAAACCACCGGGGCUUCAGGAGGGUGAUUCAAAGCAAAGGAAUCAAGUUUGAAAUCUUCCACAAAGGAUCCUUCUUCAGAAGUGACAAGCUGGUCGGCACAGCCCACCUGAAACUGGAGCGUCUGGAGAAUGAGUGUGAGAUCAGAGAGAUUGUGGAGGUCCUGGACGGAAGGAAGCCCACUGGGGGCAAGCUGGAGGUGAAGGUGAGGCUGCGGGAGCCUCUGAGUGGCCAGGACGUGCAGAUGGUCACUGAGAACUGGCUGGUCCUGGAGCCCAGGGGCCUGUGAGUAUUCCUCCCUUCAGUGACUGCACAGCCCCACCCGAUCCUGCUCUCCCCUGGCUCUCCCACAGCACUCCGCUCCUGACUGUGACAACACUCAUCUCAUCAUACUCUCCAGACGUCUGCGUACUUGCCUCACAAAUGAACUUCCGAAAGGGAGGGUAUACAAUAUACUCACCUCUGUGUGCUACAUUUCCAGGUCUGACACACUGCUUGGAAUGUAGGCGGUUAAUAAGUGUUUAUUGAUUAAAGGAAUUAUUUGACCAAGUAUGUUAAUUAUGACAGUGCUGGUGUGAAGUGAUGAACAUGUAUCUAUAUUGUCUAUCACAACAAACUCCCUUCAGUGCUACAUUAUCACUUCUAGAUUCCUGAAUAGAAAGGCCACAUUUUAUGGUCGUGCCCUCUCCAAAAUAUAGCAAGUAUAAAUAUGUGGAGAUACAUACUCAUUCCAAUGAGGAAUUCCAAAUAAUUAUCGCAAAGAUUCCAAACUUUUCCUAACAA